CGCGUUCGCACCAUAGAGCUUAACGCUGUUCUCUCCAAAAACCUCGUAUAAUGGACUCACUAAAGGGACUUGCAAAGAUGGGCGUUCGGCAGCUUCUGCUGCAAGCGCUCACAUUUGCAUCUGUCCUGGCGUCGGGCCUGAUGAUGUGGAAGACACUCGGGCUGCUAUGCAACACCGAGUCGCCUAUCGUUGUGGUGCUUAGUGGGUCCAUGGAACCUGCUUUCCAACGAGGAGACCUGUUGUUUCUUACAAACUUCCCGAACGAGAAAUUCGAGGUCGGAGAUAUCACAGUAUACAAGCUACCUCAUCAAGGGAUACCCAUCGUACACCGAGUGAUCGAGGCCCACGACGACUUCUCCGAAACCUUCAGCUCUACGGUGUUGGACCAGUUCCUCCUCACAAAAGGGGACAACAAUUCCGAGGACGAUAAGGUGCUCUACGGGUCGAAGAUGAAGUGGCUUAAGCGGAGCAACGUGAUUGGGCGCGUGAGGGGGUUCCUCCCAUACGUCGGCUACGUGACGAUCGUCCUCAACGACUUCCCACAGUUGAAAUACGCCCUCUUAGGUGGUCUCGGCCUGCUAGCGCUGUUCCAGAAGGAAUAACACCAGAUACCCUUACGUUCGGAAGUGUAAUACCAUAUCAGUGAG